GGUAAUAGUUCAAAGACUUUUUAAAUGAAAAACUAAAGUUUACUUUUCUUUCUACAUUCUAAGCCAGUAUAUCUGACUAUGUUAUUUUUGUAACUGGGAAAGGUUUAUCUUCAGAAAGAAAAUGUAGACAGAUACAAUUACUUAGGCAUUAAUAAAUGUUUCUAGACAUAAGCUCUGAAUAAUGGAAUCUGACAUAAUGGACAUCGAAAUACAAAUUAAUGAUUUCAGAUCUAACACAGUAGCACUCUAAGCUAUUGUUAAAUUUCAAGCUUUCCAACUCUUUAGUGAAUCUGUUUUGAUCAAAAACUAUGAUAGAUCACACCUUUACAACAGUCCUGCUUAUUUAUGUAGAUUAGUUCCUUUUCUUAAAUUGCCUUAACUGGGUGUAAGGCUUUAUAAACAACACAAAUGGACAUCACUUUUUCUGUGAACUUUGUUAUACUGAUCCAUGAAAAGGAACUAAUCUGUGAUGUUCUAAAAACAUACAAAGAAACAAAUUAUCCAUGAUAAAGAAAGGUUUAAGUCAUUCUAAACAACAGAUGGGAUUAGAAGGAUUAUAGAAAAGGUUACUCCUUAAUAUGAAUCAUUUUUAAAGAGUGAACUCAGCCAUUGAAGUAGUUUCCAUUCAAUCUGUAAAAUAUAUAAAGUGGGCACAGACAGAGGACAUAUUAAUUGACAACUGGAAAAGCUUUCUUAGAAUUUGAAAACUGCUUAACUUCUAUGCAAGCAUUAAGUAACUAAGAAUGUGUAUCUCAUCAUACAUGUUAAUUCUCUCUCUGUUUUCUCAAGGUUUUCUACUCUCAGACUCAAAAUCUCUGCAAAAGGUAGAAGAUGAAGAUUUGUUGCUAACCACAUUAAAUCUAGGAAAAUCUCUUCGAAAUGGAGAUAGAAGUGUGAACAGAGGAGCUAUACCUUUGCUGAAGCAUUAUAAGACUGAAGACAGUAGUGUUUCAGACAAAGAGGAUGACAGAAACAUUAAGUUUUUGGACACAGAUUUCAGACAAGGUUUCUUAAAUCAUGUUAUCCCAGUCAACUUUGGUAGAAAGCAUCUACCUUAUCUUGCACUGAAGGGAGCCAUGGCUUUUCCAGCUGACACUGGAAUUCAUAAUAUUGAAUCAAUACAGGAAAGAGAGACUGCAGAUGAAGAAAAUUCAGCUAAAUUCCCUAUAGGAAGGAGAGAUUUUGACAUGCUCAGGUGUAUGCUGGGAAGAGUCUAUCGACCUUGUUGGCAAGUCUGAAAAAUACUGAUCUACACCACGUUCUCUGAAGAUUAAAUAUUUCUUUAUGAAUUUAAUGUAAUUUGAAGUUACUGUGUUUUAGCGUGGCUAUACAUAUACAUCCAAAAAUACUUUCCCAUCACAUUGUAGAGGGAAACAUAAUUCAUUACCAAAAAAGAACAUAGCUGGCAUUAUUCAUGAUGUAUUGUUAUAAAAAAAUAAAAGACUUCUGCAUAAUCCAGACUCUUAAUUAUUUGUCUAAUAUUACAUAGAAACCACUUUCACUUAUUUUGGUAUGAAAGGAAGUAAUUAAGGAAUUUCACCCUUUUCUUGCAAAAUCUUACAACUUUGAAACCCGUC